AUCAGAAAUCAGAAAUGCACUGGAAUCAAUCUCCUUGCAAUGCCUACCGGUACCUAUGCCAAUAAUGUUUCGCAAUGUCGGUUUCAUUCAACACAUAAGACAUCAAUCCCGAUCGCGAUAUCCAUGUCGCAGUCCAGCCCCUCAACUCGUACACCUAAUUAAGGAUUUGCAACAACGAGCAAAUCAAACGAAAACGGAUGACUUCGGAUCGAUUUACCAUCCACCAACCUAUGAGCACGAGAAUAAGGAUUUGCUCAAGUCGAUCCGAUCCUGUUUGACUGGAAUGAAUCACGAUGACCAUGCAGCCUAUACGAAAGACACUGGAAUGAGCCUUUGUUUCUUGGGAACGGGUGCUGGUACACCAACAAGACAACGGUCCACGACUGCAACGCUCUUGCGACUUGGUGGUUCGAGCAUGCUAUUCGAUGCUGGGGAAGGAGUCCAACGACAAUUACUAUUUGCGAGAGCCAAACCAAGUCAUAUUGAGCGAAUUUUCAUAACACAUCUUCAUGGAGAUCAUGUAUUUGGCUUGCCAGGUUUUCUUCUAGGGCUCCAAGUGCAUAUCAUGGCGAGGCAAAAAGAUGCGAACACUGUCAAGAGCAAACGGAAACAAAAGGAAAUGGAAAAUCACGUCAUUAAAAUUUAUGGUCCCCCUGGACUGUACAACUACAUUGCGUCCAACAUCAUACUGUCGUGUACAAAGUUCCAUUCUCUUUCUAUUGAAGUCUACGAAUUGAUCGGAAGUCGUGCUCGACGCGUCCAUGGAAACAAAAAUAGAGGGGUAAAGAAUCCAUUUGAGGACACCUACCCAGAAUACAACUACGGCCUCAUAAGGCGCAAGUUCAUUUCUCCUGAGGAUGGGGUUUGGACGAUUGAAAACAUUGAGCAAAAGACACGGAACGGUAUCCUCAAUGACAAAACGCGGCAUCUCCCACGCCAAUUGAGAAUCAAGGCUGCGGAACUCGAUCAUUUGCCUGGGGUGGUAACCUUUGGUUUCGUUGUCGAGGAAGAAGAACCUCCUAGAAACGUGGAUCCUGACAAGGCAAAGGCUCUUGGGGUUUUACCCAACGGCAGAAAAUUUGACCUUUUGAAGCAUGGGUUCUCUGUACAAACUGAGGAUGGAAAAAGAACUGUACAGGCGGAAGAGGUGCUGAAACCAAGAAACAAACGGGCAAGGAAAAUAACAAUCACCGGGGAUAAUCGAGGAUGGACAACGCAGAUGUUGCGGCUGGCAGAAAACUCUGAUGUCCUGGUCCAUGAAUCAACGCUGGUAAAGGAAGACUAUAAGCGUGGUCACUCGACUGCCAAUAUGGCGGGAAAGGUUUCGGGUGACGCUCACGCUGCCUUGCUAGUACUCAAUCACAUUAGUUCCAAGUCAGAUAGAAGCGAUAUAUUGGGUAACAGUAACCAGCUGAAGCUGAUAAAGGACGCAAAGGAAAGCUCAAAUGGAAAAUCGGAAGUUAUAGUGGCAUUUGAUUUCAUGGAAUUGUUGGUACCCCGGGACGGUUUCCGAGGUGGUAGCCUCGACGAUGAAUCGCGCCUACACAGUAAAAAAGAGGUUGAAGGUGAUCUUAACGAAACAAGGACGGCGGUGAUGGGUUGGUUUGAAACAAAAUAA